CCGAACGUUCCCGGAUGUAAACACAUUGGCGCGCCAAGAAGCGAGAGGAGAGCGGCGAUGGAGGAUCUGGAGGAGGCAGAGGACGGCUGGUUCUUCGACUCCCUGACGAAGUACCAGGAUCUUCAUAUGUAUCAGCUGGAGGGGCCGGCCAACGUUUUGGAGUGGACCUCGCCCCAGACUGUUUGUGUUGCCGGUCAGCAUGGCAACAGCAGCCAGAUCCUGGAGCUGCAACUGCCACUCAAGCUCCUGGUGGAAGUGAACAAGGGUCUGUGUGCGGAGCGGGACUUUAGAGUCACCUGUGGGGCCUUCACUGACGCCCCAGUUUCGGGACUCAAACAUGUCACUGGAACCAGGUGUGUAGUCACUAGUGGAGGGCAGAGCUCUGACCUGCAGCUGUGGGACUUGAGUGAGGAGGCAGGUGGUUCUAUCAAAAGCACAGGAAGUGUUCCUGGAGUGACAAGACACUCCGGGGGAGGCAACAUCAAGAUGGCUGUUCGACCGUGUAUGCCUGAGGUCGUUCAUGGAGCUCAGAGCGAUGACGUGGUCCUCAGCAGCUUGACGACAGGGAAGACGCUGUCUCACCAUGUCCUGGCGCCAGCGGCUGAGCUGCUCGCAUCCCUUCACUUCGUCUCCCAGGAUGUUGUUCUGGCAGCCUGCUUUAAUGGGAGCGUUUACGUCAUGGACACUCGGGCGUCCGGACCUGCACAGGUCCACAGCCAAACUGCAGGAGACCAAUGGUGGACCGCCGUCUCCGCAGGAUCGGACCUAUCCAGCUGCGAGUUGAUCCAGCUCUCCGGUUCUGGACUGGCUGUGAUUUGGGACCUGAGGAGUCCACCUGCCAGCAAACGUCAUGCCCAGCUGGAUGUUCAGAGCAUCAGUAGUGACUCAGAGCAUGUCCACGUGUCAUGGGCUCCAGCUCUGGACAACACCAUCUCUGUGUCAGGUUUUGGGGGAAAUAUUCUCAUAUAUGACUCGUCUAACUGGGGGGCGGAGCCACAUCACGUCAGGCCUCAGUUCGAGCACCGUGGUCACAUGGUUUCCAACGGGCUGACCACGCCACACUCCGUGAUGGUCACCGCCCAUAUCUGGCACACUGUUCGCCCCAGAACGCUACUGUCAGCUGCCUCUGAUGGCUCUGCCCACUUGUGGGACUGGAUCAGCCAAUCAGCUACUAAGGAGUCAAGUGACCCACAUUGACAGAGACGCGGGGGUCACACGAGGACGGCUUCUCUCAUGAACCAGAACUGUCGAGGAGCGAGAAGGUCAGGAGAAGUGCCCCAACCCACCGGUCCAGGUUCAUCAAGUCUGUGCUGAAGUGUGGUCAUGUGACUGUUGGUUGUUUGUUUGAUCACAGACUUGAGAGCAACAUCCAUUUUGAUUGCAGAAUAAAGUUUAAUACUUUUA